AUGUUACAUUGCGUAGCAAAUGAUCAUGAAAUAGUUGCAUUAGCAAAUUUAAAGCCAAUAUCAAAUAUAGGAAAAGAUGAAUUGGAUAGUUUUUUAUAUCAAACAGUUGGCCAUGAUGCUAUCGAGUAUUAUGCCGGAUGCAUGAAUUUACCACUUUAUCGUCGAGAAAUUGUUGGCAAGUCAAUAGUUCAAGAAAUUGAUUAUCGAGAAACUGUUAAUGAUGAAACUGAAGAUUUAUAUGAAUUGUUAAAAACAGUAAAGGAAAGUCAUCCUGAUAUUAAAGCAAUAUCUGUAGGGGCAAUUUUAUCAAAUUAUCAACGAGUUCGUGUUGAAAAUGUGUGUAAUCGUCUAGGUCUUAUAUCACUUGCAUAUCUUUGGCGAAGAAAUCAAAAGGAAUUGCUAGCUGAGAUGAUUGAUUCUGGAUUAACUGCCAUUCUGAUUAAAGUUGCUGCAAUAGGCCUUGAACCAUCACAUUUGGGAAAAUCUAUCAAAGAGUUAUAUCCUUACUUAUGUACUUUGAAUGAGAAAUAUGAUGUUCAUAUAUGUGGAGAAGGUGGUGAAUAUGAAACAUUAACAUUAGAUUGUCCUUUAUUUGUAAAAAGAAUCAUCAUUGAAGAAACAGAAAUUGUGACACAUUCAGAUGAUGCAUUUGCAACAGUAGCAUAUCUUCGUCCAAAGAAAUUGAUAUUAAAAGAAAAACCAGCUAAUGAAAUUAUGUUAAAUCCUAAAUUACCAUUACCUAACUGGAAAGAAAAUUUAAAGGAAACUUUUGAACUGAUCACAAAUGAGGGAGAGAAACUUACAACUCAAGCAAAUAUCUAUACUGCACAUACAAAUUCAUCAUCUUAUUAUUGUAACAUAUCUGGUACAACUGCUUAUUCUAACAAAAAUCACAAAAUGAAUUUAUUAUUUGAUAAUAUUGAAGAAGAAACUCAGGCAUGCAUGUUGAAUAUUCAAACACAAUUACACAAUUUUGGAUUUGGAUGGUCCGAUGUUGUUAAUAUGAAUGUAUUUAUAAAGGAUAUGAAUGAAUUUGUGCGAAUGAAUUCAGUUUAUAAAAGGUUUUUUGACAUAAACCCGCCUCCGCGUGCAUGUGUUGGUUGUAAUCUACAAUCGCCAGUUAGGAUCCAAAUUGAUUUGAUGGCUAUUACAUCAUCACCAUUGAAACCAAGGGAAACUAUGCAUGUACAAAGUAUGUCUUAUUGGGCACCUGCAAAUAUUGGACCAUAUUCUCAAGCAACUAUUACAAAAAAUCAUGCUUAUAUUGCAGGACAAAUUGGUCUAAUACCAUCAUCAUUGGAGCUACCUCAUACUAUUGAAGAUCAAACUCUACUUUCCUUGAAAAAUUUAGAGAAUGUUACCUCUGUACUAGGAUUAGAAGUGAAAAGAUUAACAUCAUUAUGCAUAUGUUAUAUAGAUGAUGUUAAGUCUUUUAAUUUUGUUAAAAAAGCUUGGAAAAUCUUUUUUAACUAUGAUGAUAAUCUUGUUUCAAAGAAAGAUUUUACCCACCCACCUACUUUGUUUGUUGUUGUUCCGUCUCUUCCACGUGGCAGUAAAGUUGAAUGGCAAGUUUUGGUGCAUGAUGAUAAAAUAGAUAAUGAAAUGAUUCUUAAGAAACCUUCAAUAUUUGAAGAUAAUAAGAAAACAGAAUUUAUUAAUACAACAACAAGUGUGUGGUUCAUGUGUCCAAUUUUUAGUAGUGUAAUAUUAAUAAAGCUUCUUAAAGAUGUAACUUUAUCUAUUCUUAUUGAUAAUAUCUCGACAAGUUUAAAUAAUCUAUUUGAACACUUUUUAAAAUCUCAAGCAAACAUCACAUCAGAUAUUAUGAUAUUUUGGAAUAAUAUAUCUUCUAUUAGAAUUUUUUAUUCUGAAAACAUUGAAAUCAAAUUAUUGGAUUUAAAAAAAGCAAUUAGUGAAAAUAGUGCUUUAGGAAUUUGUGUUAAAGGUGAAUUUGACUGA